UCUCCGUAGCGAUGCGGUGCGACGUCGUCCGGACCUUGCCAAAAUGUGCUGGAGUUGCGCCUUGAAACAUCACAUCUCGCCGAUACCUACACGCCCCCUUCGUAAUCGCAUAUCAUUGCCGCAACAGCGCACAUCCAGGGUCCUGUUCUCUUCACAAGCAAAGCAAUUAGAUAAACCGCUUCUCGACCCUGUAAAUGCUUCAGAUCCGCCCGCAUAUAACCAUGCAAUACAAUCCCUCGAUCGACUAGAAUUUCCUGACAAACCUCGGAGUGGCGGUAUACGAGAACAAUUGCGAAAAUGGCAGGAAGAACAUGGCCACCAAAACACUGAAGUCAACGAACACGAUGUAGACGCUUCGGGCGAACAAACCAAUAAUUUCACACGCUUGGGUGACCUCGACAAUUUCCGCCGACCAGACGAGGAUCUCGAAAACGAACGCGACGACUCUUCUAGUCUGAUGACCCCCGGUAAUCUCGAAGACUGGGAUCCACACCAUCGCUUCUUGCGAAAGGGCGACUUGGUCAUGCUCGAGUUCCCUCGCUCCGAGAGAGAACCCAUACUUGCCAUCUUUGUACGAAGAGUUGGAAAGCCUGUACAGUCUCAAUUCUAUACCAUACAUGGAAAAUGGAUUCACGGCACCGAGCGAAAUAUCCAGCACGCCGUCCUUGAUUUUGUGCCUAAGAGCCUUGUUGACCCUAUUGUGUCCUAUCUUCCUGACUCUGGCAUUACCGAAGAGUUGCUGGACAGGGCCCAAAUGUUUGACCUCAGUGUUCCUAGGCAUGUUUCAGCUCCUUUGGUCACAAAAAUGCUUGACUUCCAGAACAAAAGCGAAGAAAUUUACCGCCAGAACGCCACCACCCUCGACGGCGCUCACCAGUCCUUGGCCCAUCCUACCGACCUCAAGUUUGGUACCCUCGACCUGAUAACUACACGCCUCCUUGGAAAGGAUGACGACCCAACGAGCUCACAAGAGAGAAUCUAUGCUGUCCGCACAGCUCUUUCUCGAGGAGGAUUUGCUUUCGGGCAUGAUCGAAGAAGCCAUCGUAUCACCGGAUUCAUUCAAAUCCGUUCUAAAGAACAAGUGGCGAACGUCGAAAAAGUACGCCAGUGGCUCAGAGCAUGGCAAGACGAUCUGGCGACUUUCGCAGCAGGCAAAUCUCCGAGCCAUCAGUUCUCGCGAACCGGACAACAUGUUGUCAACUUUAUUCACAAAGCAAAGUCGCUGAUCGAAAAGAGCCGUGGACUUCGCGAAGUAACCCUNUUCGGUCGUCUGGGUAUCAGCAAAAGNCGUUUUGAUAUCGAGAAGAAAGAUGUUAUGAAAUACGACUUUGAAGCCGAGUUUGACGAUAACGACCGCGAAUUGAUCAAGUUCUUCGAGGCGUGGUCGUGCUCUGGCUUGUUCCUGGGUCUGCCUCGUAUUGAGGCCUUGCCUCCUCUCAUUCUGCAGGCAACCGGAAUGUAUGAGGAGCACAGACUGGAUCCAAAAGCUGGGUUCACCUUCCUGCAAGAGAUUGGCGUUCUAACUCCUCACGAGAACCGAGUACGUUUCGACAGCCAUCUGCUUCUGCCCUCGUCGCAGCACUCCAAACCCCUUGAACAACUCAUGACUAGAGUCAUGAACAUGGAUACAAAACCCAACUUUGUGGAUUCAAUGGCGCAUUUACGCAAGGACUGGGGUGAUCUCACUGUUUUCUGUAUUGAUGGCGAAGGUGCUCAUGAGAUUGACGACGGCAUUUCAAUCGAAGAUGCUGGGGACGGUGAACACUGGGUCCACGUUCACAUCGCCAAUCCAACCGCAUUCUUCGACCACGACAACCCUCUUGCUAAGAUGGCUCGCCAUAUGACCGAGACAAUCUAUAUGCCGGAGCGUGCCUUUGUCAUGUUGCCGAGAUGGUCAACGCAAAAGCAUUUCAGUCUACAGGCCGAACGUCCUGUUUUGACUUUUAGUGCCAGACUGAAUUCCAAAGGUGAGACCGUGGAGCAGAAGAUUCAGUCCGGUUUCAUCAGGAAUGUGAAGUUCUUGACCCCUACCGAGGCAGCACGUCUAGUCGGUGUUGCAGGCGGUUUGACACCGGAUGUUGUUCUGAGAGUUGGUGGUGAACUACCUCACCGUGAACCCAAGAAGACUGGCAAGCAUUUGCUCGACCACGAGAUUGAGAUGCUGAAAAAACUGCAAGUGCUUGCAGAGAAGCGUCAGUCAAAGCGCCGUAUGGCUGGAGGUCUGUUCCUGGAUUCGGCUCGACCUGAAAUAAGCGUCUGGUAUAACGCAAAACGCCCUGGAUUGCCGUGGGAGCAUCCAUCCAGAGUCAGAGCACGAUACGUGGAAGGUGAUCCUCUCAUCGAAUACCGUACGAAAGCACUGACUUCCUGGUUCUCAUCUGGCGAAGGAGUCUCUGACAUUCUUGUUCGUGAGCUCAUGCUUUUAGCAUGUGAGAUUGGUGCAUCAUGGUGUGCAGAGCGUAACAUUCCCAUUAUCCAUCGAGGAACAGUAAUCAGUCCCGACACCAACGAUGCGAAGAAAUUCUAUGACGAGGUACUGGCCCCAGCCACAGAGAAGAAUGGCGGUGAAGCUCCUAUGCACCUCGCCAUCGAAUAUCUUUCGAACUCUGGUUCUACGGUUCUAUCAACGAAGCCUUUGCAUCAUCGAGUCUUGGGUAUAUCUCAUUACAGCAAGGCUACCUCACCGCUUCGUAGGUAUGGUGACAUGCUUCUACAUUGGCAGAUUGAAGCAGCCCUACGUGCAGAAGCGCAGGCAGGUGAUCGGCUCGACUUUUCUCGCAACGAAAAGCUGCUACCCUUUUCUCAUGGUGCUCUGAAUCUCAUAGCAAAGGGACUUCAGCCUCGCGAGUCGAUGAUCCGCCGCGCUACUACCUAUGCUGAAGAACACUGGCAGGCUACAGUGUUUUUCCGUGCCUUCAACUACAAAGAGUGCGAACUGCCAGCUAGGAUGAAUGCUUACGUACACAUGCAGCCUAACGCGCAAGGUAAGGAGGUGGCUGUUAUCAUCAAAGAGUUCAGUCUCGGUGCUUCAAUGAGUCCACCACANGGGUCCGGACUUGGCGAGGCCAAGCCAGGUGACACAUGGGAAUGUGAGAUCGAGAAUAUCGAUGUCUUCAUGCGAAGGAUCCUGUUCAAGCCUAUACGUUUGGUCGAUCGCUGGGAAGGU